AUAUAUUAGAGACAAACAUCGCCUUUAUCUGUGCAUUUUCAAUCAUCAUGCUCCUGACAUUCUAUGUAGCAUCUGUUUUAAAAAGCCGUCAGUUGUUACAUACAACAUACAAGAUGUACAUGGCAUCGGUUAUUUUCUAUGUGAUUUGUCUGUUUUUCCUGUGUGUUUACUACGGUGACUACGGACAUACUGGUAUUGGUGUACCCGGAUUAAAAAUAACUGGCAGAGUAUUCUACUCUCUUAGUCAACUCACAUUUCUACUUAUGUUAAUAUUGUUGGCGAAAGGUUACACUGUUACAAGGGGACGUAUUAGUCACUCUGGUUCUGUAAAGAUUGCAGUGUUUAUGACAUUAUAUUGUAUGGUGUAUAUUGGAUUAUUUAUAUCUGAAGCUGUGUUGUUUGAUCCUGGUUUAGUACUGUAUGUGUAUGAAUCUCCAGCUGGUUAUGGUCUCAUAGCUCUCCAGAUUAUUGGUUGGCUCUGGUUUAUAUACGCCAUCUUCUUCACAUUGAAGCAUUAUCCAGAGAAAGGAUCUUUCUACUAUCCAUUCUUCAUCUUUUAUACAUUUUG